AUGCACAUGGAUGUGCAGCAACUCGAAGAGGCUGACACUGACGCUGAGAGCAACCGUGAUGGCAGCAAUGGCCACAAAUGCGACAAUAAAGUGCAGAACCCAGGUGAAUCAACCUCGUCACAAAAUGCCACAGCACCAAGCAGCAGUGCUACGAUGCAAAUCCAUCCCGAUUGCAAAGUACAUGCGAACGAAGCAGAUGCUAUCAGUCUCAUGUACCAGCACAGGGAGCUGCCUAAACGCUUUGACCUCGUGGAUCUCGACCCGUACGGUACUGCUGCACCAUUUCUUGACGCUGCUGUCCAGGCGGUCACGGAUGGUGGCCUUCUUUGCGUCACAUGCACGGAUCUAGCGGUGCUGGCCGGGCACAACUACCCGGAAAAAUGUUUCUCUUUGUACGGCGGUGUCAGCAUCAAGGCCGAAUACAGUCAUGAAGUGGCGCUCCGUCUUGUUUUGCAUGCCAUCUCUAUGGCAGCAGGAAGGUAUGUCCGCUUCGUAGAACCCAUGCUCUCACUCUCCAUUGAUUUUUAUUUGCGUGUGUUUGUCCGUGUUUGGUCGCGGCCUGAAACGGUGAAACAGAACGCAUCGAAAACCGGUUUGGUGUACACAUGCUCCAAGUGCAGCAACUAUCAUAUUCAGCACAUGGGUAAAUGCACAGCAACCGAAAAUGCCAAGACUGGGCUCACCAUGUACAAGUUUGGCUCAGCGUCUGGCCCACCCACAGAUACCCGUUGUGCCGAAUGUGGCGGUACCUUUCAUGUAGGUGGGCCAAUGUGGCUGGGUCCUCUUCACAAUGCAAUGUUCUGUGAUGAACUGCUAAGCACUCUCGAUUCCGGUCGUCAUCCUGUGCAUACAGAAGCGCGGAUCCGCGGUAUGGUAUCGACGGCCCGCGAUGAGCUCGAUGACGCUCUCUUUUACUUCCACCCCGCGAAAGUAGCCGGUCUAUUCCACUGCGCCAGUCCUGCUUUUGCUCCGGUCGUCCAUGCGCUGCUCAAUGCUGGCUACAAAGUGUCGCGUUCGCACUGUAUUCCGGGCUCUGUAAAGACGAAUGCAAGCAGGGGUCAAGUGUACGAUCUCUACAGAACAUGGAUUCGAACAAAUCCCGUCAACCCUGAGCGUCUGAAAGACGGGUCGGCUGCCAAAGGUUUGCUCGCACAUGUGCGAGACGAUGGCUCGCCUGCUACGUUGCAUUGCGACUUUGAUCUGGAAACCGAGCAUCCCGAUACGCAAGCCAUCAUCACAGGUACCCGCUCUGAGAACAAGGCAGUUCGCUACCAAAUGAAUCCGCAGGCCAAUUGGGGUCCCGGUACAGCGGCGAAAGGUCAUCGGAAGCGCACACAUCGGAGUCUCGCACCGGAGGAGACGGCUCGACGGACGGAAGCCUGGCGCAAGCAGCGAGAAGCGCCUCAGGAAGGCUACGAGCAACCACCUGCCCCCUCCACGGAGCCUUAG